UCGUCUUUCAAAAUUGGGUGUGUAGUACAACGUCAACAGAGAAGGAAAUUGACAUUUAACUCAUUGAAUCCGUUAAAACGCGACUUCAACUUACAGCCAUAUAAAAUUCAACUAAUUCCCGCCUCGGUAAAGAAGAAAAGAUAUUCUGCAACAGAGUCCUGCAUGGUGGCCGUGUUGUGCAAAGAUGGCGUUGGAGGAAGGGGCGCGGAGCUGUCUGCUGCGCUUUCGCCACAGACUGGAGGAGGACAUCAAGCCCUCCUUCCUGAUGGACCACAUGAUCAGUGACGGUGUGCUGACCGUGGAUGAGGAGGAGAGGGUCAGGACGAAGUCCACCAGGAAGGAUCAGGCUGCAGCCCUGCUGGAGCUGCUGCUGGGUAAAGACAACCGUGCCUACAUCUCCUUCUACAAUGCCCUGAUCAAGGAGGCAUAUGAUGAUUUGGCCAAUCUGCUUCACGAUGACCUACCGCGCACGUUACCUGAUCCACAUAAGAGCUCCUCUGAUGGCUGCACACCUUAUGUCCAGACAGUGCUCAGUGAAGGCGGCGUACCGCAGAGGCCCGUGGUGUUUGUCAACAGACCAGAGCUUGUGAACCGGGUCAGGGAGAAACUCUACCGGCUGCAGAAGGAGCCUGGCUGGGUCACUGUCUUCGGCAUGGCUGGCUCGGGUAAAUCCGUCCUGGCUGCUGAGGCUGUCAGACACCACGGACUCAUCGAAGAGUGCUUCCCUGGAGGGAUUCACUGGCUGUCCAUCGGCCAGCUGGACAAACCAGACUUGCUGGUCAAGAUCCAGUCUUUGUGUUUCCGCCUGGAGCAGAGCCUGGACUCCCAGUCGCUCCAUCGGCCCCCCAGCUCUCUGGACGAGGCCAAGGAGCGCCUGCGCUUCCUCACUCUGCGCAGAUAUCCCAGAUCUCUGCUGAUUCUAGAUGACAUCUGGGACAGUACAGUGCUGAAGGCGUUUGAUAUCCACUGUCGGAUACUUUUGACCACCAGAAACAGAAGUCUGACUGACUGUGUUAGUGGUCCCAGAUAUGAGGUUGAAGUGGAGAGUGGUCUGGAUGAAAACAAAGGACUGGAGAUCCUUGCUCUGUACACUAAAACUAAACUCCAGGGACUUCCUGAGGAGGCUCGCAGCAUCGUCAGAGAAUGCAAAGGCUCCCCCCUGGUGGUGUCCCUGAUAGGGGCUCUACUCAAAGAGAAACCCAACCGUUGGCGUUAUUACCUGCGGCAAUUGCAGCAGAAGCAGUUCAAGCGUAUCAGGAAGUCGUCUUCUUACGACUACGACGCCCUCGACCAAGCCAUGGCUGCUAGCAUUGAAGUCCUACCAGAGGAUCAUCGCGAGCUCUACAAGGACCUUACUGUGAUAGAGAAGGACAUCAAAGUGCCUGCAAAGGUGCUGUCUAUUCUGUGGGACUUGGAGCCGGAGGAGGUCGAGGACAUCCUCGAGGAGUUCGUCAACAAGUCUUUGCUUUUUGUAGACAAUCACAAUAAACCCUACCUGUACUACCUCCAUGACCUCCAGCUGGACUUCCUGGUGGAGCAGAAUCGCACCCAGCUUGAGAGCCUCCACACUAAGAUGGUGCGUCAGUACCAGCAGUACUACAGAGAUGGUCCUCCCACCUCAGGAGACGAGGAGUGUCUCUACUGGAUCAGAUUCCUGACGUACCACAUGGCCAGAGCCAAUCUCACCCAGGAGCUCUACUCACUCAUGUUUUCUCUGGACUGGGUCAGCACCAAGGCCCAGAUCAUGGGUCCAGCUCACCUCAUCAAUGACUAUGUGGAGUACGGACCCAUUCUGGACAAAGAGAACAGUGACGUGCGCAGUCAAUUCCAGGAGUUUCUCUCUCUGAACGGCCACCAGCUGGAGCAGCAUCCUUUCCCUGAUGUGGUACAGCUUGCUCUGUCUCAGUCACGUACCUCCGAGGUCUACAGACAGGCUCUGCGGCAAGCGCAGGAGCGGGCCAGCAAGGGGAAACUCUACUUUGACUGGCUGAAUAAGAGCAGCGUAGAGAGUCUGUCCCGUCUGGUGAUCCAUCCCCACCAGGGCUCCAUCUACUCCGCCUGCUUCUCCCACGACGGAGCCAAGAUCGCCUCCAGUGGAGCCAGCAAGACGCUCAAGGUGUUCAAAAGCACCUCAGGUGAGAAGCUCACAGAGAUCCAGGCCCACGAUGACGAGGUGCUCUGCUGUGCCUUCUCUCCUGACGACCGUCUCCUGGCAACCUGCUCCAGCGACAGGAAAGUCAAAGUGUGGAACGUGGAGCGAGCCAUGUUGCUGAGGGUCUUUGAGGAGGAGCACGAGGAGCAGGUCAACCACUGUCAGUUUACCAACACCACUCACCGCCUCCUGCUGGCCACCUGCUCCAACGACAAGUUCUUAAACGUCAAGCUGUGGAACCUGAACAAGCCGACCUCCCAGAACACCAUGUUUGGCCACUUUGAGCCAGUCAACCACUGCUGUUUCUCUCCUGAUGACACCUAUGUGUCCACUUCCUCCAACGAUGGAACCGUUAAGCUGUUUCAGGCGUCAUCUGCCAAUGAGUGGAAGACAAUCGAUGUGAGAGACAUGCUGACAGACAGUGAUGACGAUGUCUUCGUCAAGUGCAGCACCUGGACCGCAGACGGCAAACGCAUCAUAUGUGCAGCCAGGAAUGCUGCUCUGGUGUUUGACGUGGAGACGUCAGACAUGUUGUUGGAGAUCAGAACGAAUCGUCUAAGCACGGUGCAAUACUGUCACGCCUGUCCUACCAACAACCUGUUGGCAAUCGCAUUCUCAAACUACGCUGUGGAGCUGUGGGACUUGGAGGCCAAUAAGAAGAUGGCCGAUUGCAGCGGUCACCUGAGUUGGGUCACGCAUGUCCAAUUCUCUCCUGAAGGCUCGCAGCUGCUUUCCUGCUCCUACGACCAGACCGUCAGGUUAUGGGAGGCUAAGAAGGUGCACACCUCCUCAGCUGUCUGCCUGAAAAGAGACUCUGAUGUUCUCUUCAAUGAUGAGGAAAUCAUCGUGUCAGCUGCAGACAACUGCAACAGACUGCAGGUGCGUGAUGGCAGGACAGGAUCCGUGCUGUUCCAGUCGGAGGAGAUGUUGUCCAGGAUCCGGUGUACGUGUAUGUGCAGGCAGCCCUCUGCUGUGGCCCUGGGCCAGGAGGACGGCACUGUUCAGGUGUUGGAGGUGCCCUCUGGGAAGCUCCUAGCCACUCUGCUGGGACACACCAAGACAGUGCUGCACUGCCGUUUCAGCCAGAAUGGACAAACACUUAUCACGUCCUCGGAGGACACCACCAUCAGGGUGUGGAGGUGGCAGUCUGGGGAGUGUAAAGUACUGCAGGGUCACAAAGAACAGGUCAGAUGCUUCUGGCUUCUCUCCGACUCACCAGCCGACACAAGACUGCUGUCCUGGUCCUACGACGGCACGGUCAAGAUGUGGAACCUAGAAAGUGGAGAGAAGCUGCAGGACAUCGAGGCUCAUCGGGGAGCCAUCCUGUCCUGUCAUGUCUCGCCAGACGGAUGCCUCUUCGCCACCACCUCUGCUGACAAGACUGCUAAGUUGUGGCACUGUGAGUCCUGGCAGUGUGUUCACACACUGAGCGGCCACCAAGACUGUGUCCGAAGCUGCCGGUUCUCCUGGGACAGCCAACGCCUCGCAACAGGAGAUGACAACGGAGAGAUUCGGCUCUGGAACGUAAAGGACGGCUCAUCGCUGAGGAUUUAUUCCCGUAAUGGCAAAGACGGCAUGGACUCACUCCACGGAGGCUGGGUGACCGACCUGCACUUCUCCCCAGACAACUCUCUCCUGGUCUCCACUGGCGGCUACAUCAAGUGGUGGGAUGUGGAGAAAGGCGAGGCCCUGCAGACCUUCUUUCCGACGGGAACCGCUCUGAAGAAGAUCCAUGUCUCGUCCGACUUCUCCAUCUUCGUCACCAUCGACAACAUCGGCAUCCUCUACAUCCUGCAGAGGGUGGUGUGACGUUGUGAACGCUGAAAAUAAAAAAAUAAAAAGGAAAAGAACCAAGCAUGAUCUAACCAAACACUACAUUUGUCUUACGCACCCUACAGAGUCACAGACUGUACACAGAAAUAUAAUGGACGCUUGCACAAGGCUUAAAGUCAAAGCUGUGGCAUCCCAGAAUCAAAUGCCUCUGAUAUUAGGUUUACAUUUUCACUACAUUCUCUCGACAUUCAGGCCGACGCUAGUCACCAGCAUUGCAAUUAGGGCUGGGUAUCGUUUAUAAAAUCAUUAUACCAGUAACCUUAAAAUAUGCACAUACCAAAAGGUGCUUCAUUUAAAAUGUAAAUAAGGUGGCAAAAGUUUUGAUGGCAUUGCAGCACGCUGAACUCCGUUAAAUAUGCUGCGCUUGACUUCACUACACCACAGACUGUAUGGGUUGUAGCUGCUGCUGAGGGAAUGUGAGCUCCACACUGGGGACAGUUGUCAGAGUCCACGCAGCUGCACACACACAGACAGGCCUAACUGUUAGCAUCACAAGGCUAAUAUUACCUAACUGUAGGCACAGUUCAGAUUGUUUGAAGUGGGGUUGUGUGGGGUACUUAUCCAUAGACAGUAUUCUACAAACAGUAGAUGUCAGUCAUGGAAGCUAAGCAAUAUGCUGCUGUGAAGGGGUCAGCAGAAAACUGUAUCCUAGCCCACUAAAAAAUCCCACCUAAAAAAAAUCAAUAUCAGUUUAAGUGUACGCUAUAUUUAGAAUAUUUUCGCUGCUGUACCUUAAUGUCAGACAGUGAUUUCCAUUAGGGAAAUGAAGCCGUCAUAAUGCUCUCUUCAAACCAGACUCCACUGAGAAAAACAGUGAUUUAACAUUGCUGCGUGCUUGCUCACGGGAGCUGCUGGUUUACCGCUGCCUCGAUCAGUUAGUUUGUUGUACUUAUUGUGUGACUUUGGCUUUGAAAUGGUUAGUUUAGAUACACUAAAGUUACACAAUAACACAAACUGACUAACUGAUCGAAGCAGCGGUGGACCAGCAGCUCCCGUGUUUUAGUGAGCUAAAAUGACUGUUUUUCUCUAUGGGGUCUGGUGGCUUUGACGAGAGCAUAGAUGGAGUACUGAGGCCGUUAAUGGCUUCCCCAUCAGAAGGGGUUGUCUGACAGAAAGGUAAAGUGGUUAAAACACUCAGUGUAUCUUACACUUAAACGGAUACUGAUUUUUUUAAGGUGGCUAUGAUACGUUUUGUUUCUAACCCCUGUGUCGACUCCAGCCUUCUUCUCCAAACUGCUAGUGUGCCGACUGACAUCUUCUGUAUGUAAUCCACUGAGUAUGGAUAAGUACUUGAAAAAAUCCCAACUAUCCUUUUAAUUGCUUGGUAUUUAAUUUUAGUAGCUGCUGCCGUGUUAGCUCAUGCCCACCAGGUAGACGUUGAAAAGAGGAGAGCAGCUCUGGUGAUGGCAGCAACAGAAAGUUUGCGGAUCCGGAGUGGAGUUGGAACAGUCUGGGAUCGGACUCUAAUGCAGGUAUCGUUUGACUGAAAACGUUUCGAUACCACUUGGUACUGGCUUAUUUUGGUCGAUACCUUAAAGGUAUUGAGCACUUAUACCCAGCCCUAAUUCUAAUAGAGCAUUACAGACAUUCACUUUCACUUUUGUACCAUUAAAUGACUCUGCUAGCUACCAGUUUACACCAGCUGUAAAUGAAAACUGCUCCAGCGACGAUCAGCAGUUGGGAGAGAAGAUGCACUAAGAAAAACUCCUGCUCCAGUCUCUCUGUUUUACAAACACGUGGGUUUUGUAGAUAGAAUAGAGCAGAAUCUUUUCUAAAAAAAAAAGCAAAAUGUGUACUUAAAAAAACGUUGAUGACGAUCAGGUCUUCGCAAGCAGAUCUCUUAAAUCAUUAAUAUCUAAUCAAGAGAUUAAUAUCAACAGGAUAAAGAUAUGUGAUCCUGCAUCAAAUGUGAAUAAUGAGUGUUAAUCCAAGUUGCAUUAGGGCUGAUGUUUAUUGCAUGUGACACGAGAGGCUUUCCACUCCGUUUUCUGUGACUGAUAUAUGAUAUCGUGCGCGUCCGCCUAUCCGUUACAAGUCAUGAAGUGCAUUCGUUCAUGCUGUGAUGUUUUUUUUUUUUAACUUUAAUUUUUCAUGUUUGUGUUUGAGAGCAAACCAAGUAUGAACAGUUAGGGGCCUUUUAUUUACACUGCAGCCUUAUUAGUCUGAAUGUGAAUACUGUAGGUAUUGGAGGGUGUGUAUGCUUUGUGUACAUUGGGUUCAAUCCACCAGCACAGAUAGAAACUUCUGGUACACUUUGAUAAGUGCUAAAUAUUCAAAGUUAGAUUAAGUUUUAAUGAUCAGGCAUUUAAAAUCCGAGAUCUUUUUAAAAGCCUGCGAGUCUGUUUAUACAUCCGAACUAUUUGUACUUUUGAACUUGGAUCAGAGGUAAAUGUUUUCUACAAGACAAUUACAAGUGACUGUGAUUUAUAAUUUAUAAUCAAAUUAAGACUUGGUAAUGUUGCAAGGCACUUUUUGUGCUUUAGUAAUUGCUUAUUUUUUUGUUUUGUACCAGUUCUUUUUUAACGCUCUACACCACAUUUUUAUCUGCAUGUUGUCUAACUACUGAGCCUUCUCUUGUUCGGAGCACUUUUAUGAACUUUUGCUGAUGUGGCCUUGUUCAGACACAUUAAAAUGAAUCCUAACUUUGCUUUGAAAAUACAGAUGAGUGCUUAUUGCCAGCUGUGUGGCAGAGAGGCCGCAAGGCUGUGAUGAUAGAGACUCCAGGUCCAGUAGGAGUAAUAAGCACAAGAUAAUCAGUAGAAAAAGUAAGGAUUCAUUAUAAAAUUUCUGAACAAUGCUGUUGUCAUUUUCACGUUGUGCUCUUUCUGAUUGGUGCUUUAAAGUCUCUGUCUAACGAAAUUGUUGAAAUAUUGAUGUCUGCUCAGGAUGUAUUGAUACUAUUAUACGCUGUGGUACAAUGUGAGUGUAAUUUAUAAAAGAUUAAACUACACACGCUUUGA